CGUCAGGGGCAGCAACAACCAGGAGAAAAUGGCGCUGACGAGUUUUCUUCCUGCGCCAACACAGCUGUCCCAGGAUCAGCUGGAAGCUGACGAAAAGGCCCGUGCUCAACGAGCCAGACAAACAGCCUUGGUAGCAUCCCGCAGAGAACCUCCGCCAUAUGGGCAUCGAAAAGGAUGGAUUCCUCGUUCCUUGGAGGAUUUUGGCGAUGGAGGCGCAUUUCCAGAGAUCCAUAUGGCACAGUUUCCAUUGGACAUGGGCCGCAAGAAGAAAUCAUCCAAUGCCCUGCCGGUUCAGGUGGACGCAGAGGGGAAGAUCAAAUUUGAUGCCAUUGCCAGACAAGGACAGUCAAAGGACAAGGUUAUUUACAGCAAGUUUACAGAUCUUAUUCCUAAAGAAGUUAUAAAUGAAGAUGACCCAGAUCUGCAGAGGCCUGAUGAAGACAGUAUAAAGGAGUUGACUGAAAAGACGCGUUCAGCUCUUGAGAAACAAGUCUCACAGAAGGUUGCAGCAGCCAUGCCUGUUCGAGCAGCUGAGAAACUAGCCCCUGCACAGUACAUCAGGUACACUCCUUCUCAGCAAGGUGUUGCUUUCAACUCAGGAGCUAAACAAAGGGUUAUCAGGAUGGUGGAAAUGCAAAAGGACCCCAUGGAACCGCCUCGAUUCAAGAUUAAUAAGAAAAUUCCUCGAGGUCCCCCAUCACCCCCUGCACCUGUCAUGCAUUCGCCAAGCAGAAAGAUGACUGUGAAAGAACAGCAAGAGUGGAAAAUUCCUCCGUGCAUAUCAAAUUGGAAGAACGCCAAGGGAUACACCAUUCCAUUGGAUAAACGUUUGGCUGCUGACGGACGGGGACUUCAAACAGUUCACAUUAAUGAGAACUUUGCUAAACUUGCAGAGGCUCUUUACAUUGCUGACAGAAAGGCUCGGGAAGCUGUGGAGAUGCGAGCACAGGUUGAAAGGAAAAUGGCUCAGAAAGAGAAAGAGAAGAAAGAAGAGAAGCUUCGAGAAUUGGCUCAGAUUGCUAGGGAAAGAAGAGCUGGUAUCAAGACUCACAUAGAGAAAGAGGAAAAUGAAACAAGAGAAAGGGAUGAAAUUCGACACGAAAGACGAAAAGACCGACAACAUGAUCGUAAUCUUGCCCGUGCAGCUCCAGAUAGGAGGUUCAAACAGCAGAAGGAUCAGGAUCGAGAUAUCAGUGAGCUGAUUGCACUGGGUGUACCACAUCAACAUGUAUCAUCUGAACUAGCCUAUGACCAAAGACUCUUCAACCAGAACAAGGGCAUGGACAGUGGCUUUGCAGGUGGAGAGGACGAACUUUACAAUGUUUAUGACCAGCCAUGGAGAGCUGGCAAAGACAUGGCACAAAGUGUGUACAGACCUACCAAAAAUGCUGAUAAAGACACCUAUGGUGAUGAUUUGGACACAUUUAUGAAAAACAACCGGUUUGUCCCUGACAGGGAAUUUUCUGGUACAGACCGCAAACAGCGUCGUGAAGGCCCUGUUCAGUUUGAGAGGGAUGAAGAAGAUCCCUUCGGGCUGGAUAAGUUCUUGGAGGAAGCCAAGCAACAUGGUGGUUCAAAGAGACCUGAAAGUGGCCGUUCAAAAGAAUACGAACAUGAGGGAAAGAAGCGAAGAAAGGAAUAGAUGAACUUUUAUAAUACCAUUAUGUUUCAACAAAAUUUAGUUCAAACCAAUGUCCCUAGCAUUUGUUUCUGCAUGGACUU